ACCUCUAUCUAUCUAUCUCACCACACCCGCUCUAUUGUUGUUGAAUUGAAGGUGGAAACCCUAAUUAAGAAAAGAAAAGGGGAAGAAGAAGAAGAAAGAUGUCGUACAUGCUGCCUCACUUGCAUUCGGGAUGGGCUGUUGAUCAGGCAAUCCUUGCUGAGGAGGAACGUCUCGUUGUCAUCCGUUUUGGUCACGAUUGGGAUGAGACUUGUAUGCAGAUGGAUGAGGUGCUGUCAUCGGUUGCAGAGACAAUAAAGAACUUUGCUGUGAUAUACCUUGUGGACAUCACAGAGGUGCCUGACUUUAACACUAUGUAUGAGCUGUAUGACCCUUCCACAGUUAUGUUCUUCUUUAGGAACAAGCACAUCAUGAUAGACCUUGGAACUGGAAACAACAACAAGAUCAAUUGGGCUAUGAAGGACAAACAGGAGUUCAUUGACAUCAUUGAGACUGUCUACAGAGGUGCAAGGAAGGGGCGUGGUCUUGUCAUUGCUCCGAAAGAUUACUCCACCAAGUACCGUUACUAGAAUGUAUCAAUCUCUACAGGGAGGAUAUGUGUGAUUUGAACUCUAUUUGAGUAUUUUCAUUCUUGUCCAAAAUCUACCUCAUUUGGUACACCCUUUAUUAAGUGUGUAACUGUCACUAAACUAUCAGUUUACACACCCACUUGUAUGUCAUCUUAAACUGUAAUUGUUAUGCUUUGUGUAUGCCCCACAUGUACUUGGAUUAUGUGACCAACAAAGAUUUAUAUUUUAUGAUAAAAGUGAUUGAUUUAAAAUGGUA